CACUCCUCUUUUUCGUUCCUAUUUUCACUUCCGAGUUGAUGGAGUUUGUUCUUUUCAUGUGCAGGGAAAUGGGGCUUUUGUGGUUUGUUGUUCUGGUUGUAUCACUUGAUCAAGUCAUCAACUUCGUCCAUGGUUUUCCAUGGAAUCAUCGCAAUCAUGCCCAUCGAGGAUACCAUGGACCAUGGAUCAAUGCUCAUGCCACUUUUUAUGGAGGCGGCGAUGCUUCUGGAACAAUGGGUGGAGCAUGUGGGUACGGUAACCUGUAUAGCCAAGGAUAUGGUGUUAACACGGCAGCAUUGAGUACUGCAUUGUUCGACAAUGGGCUGAGUUGCGGUGCAUGUUAUGAGCUGAGGUGCGUGAACGACCCAAAAUGGUGCCUGCCUGGUUCCAUCGUGGUCACCGCCACUAACUUCUGCCCACCGGGUGGCUGGUGUGACCCUCCUAAUCACCACUUCGAUCUCUCUCAGCCUAUUUUCCAACACAUUGCUCAGUACAAAGCUGGGAUUGUGCCCGUCAUUUAUAGAAGGGUGAGAUGCAGGAAAAGAGGGGGGAUAAGGUUCACCGUCAAUGGACAUUCUUACUUCAAUUUAGUGCUUGUAACCAAUGUUGGAGGCGCCGGUGAUGUUCACUCCGUCGCCAUUAAAGGUUCAAGGACAAGAUGGCAACCGAUGUCAAGGAACUGGGGCCAAAACUGGCAAAGCAAUGCUUACCUCAAUGGCCAAAGCUUGUCGUUUCUGGUUACAACCAGCGAUGGCCGCAGUGUUCUGUCUUACAACGUUGCUCCACCGGGUUGGUCCUUCGGUCAGACUUACACCGGCCGACAAUUUCGGUUUUAAGUCCUAGAUUUCAAUAACUGUCGUUACACAGAGGUUAUAACCGUUGUUUAGGCUGAUGUUUUAAGUACAAAAUAAGGAAUUUUUAUUUUUAGUUUU